AUGGUGACGGAAGGCCCCGGUCGGAUCCGCUACCUGGUGAUCUCGAAUAUUAGAGAAGAGAUCCUACGGCUGGACCACCGUCUGGACGUUGGCAUGAUACUGGAUCAGGACAAAGUACCUCGAUCCCCAGGGUUCGUGUCCGUCGGGUCUCGCCGUUACAGGGAAUGGCAGAACCUGGCCUUGGAAUCGACGGUGGAUAUCCGAUCCGAGCCUACAGCACUUACGGAGGACCCUGCAGAGCCGGCAGUACAACGACCGACAUACCCCACACCGCGAUUGAUACUUCGCCGGGCAGGAACAGCUGACGUCGACAGAGAUCGAACAUCAAACCCGAAUCCGGCGAAGACUUCGACGCAAAAUCCUGGAUCCACCCGACUGAGGGCGUCGAACUACGCGAUCCUUCAGCGGAUGGAGCAGCAGCGACCCCCACAGGAUGCCGAGGACGAUGAUGAGAUAUACUACCACAAGAGUGGUGAUCUCUCAGCUGAAGAUCUAGAGGGGAAUCUCGCUGUCCUCCCCGAAAUACCAAUCUCGACGACCGCGAAGGUCAGCAUCGAGGAUCUGCAGGUGGGAGACUCCGGAUCGGCCACUCCCGAGGAGAUCGAGAAACUCCGGCAGAUCAUUUGGAAGAAGCAACACCUCCUGAUCGGCAAAGGGAACGCCUUACCCCCGGCGGGAGCGUCGUGUGUGACGUUGAUGCCGGGAACGCGAAACCGAUCGCGUUGCGAUCCCGGAAAGUACCCACGCGGUUUCGGGAAAAAAAUCGCAGGCAUGAUCAAGGGCCUCCUAGCAGCCGAGACCAUCCGACCCUCGACAUCGCCAUGGGCCUCACCGAUCGUGAUUGUCCGCAAGAGUAACGGCGUGGAUAUUAGGUUCAUCGACUACAAGCUGGUAAACAGCCUCACGAGGCUGAUGGUAUAUCCAAUGCCUCUGAUCAGCGAUCUGCUAGAGGACCUCGAUAAACCGUUAUGGUAUUGCUCACUGGAUAUGGCCAGUGGCUUCUGGGUCGUGCCCAUGACGGAUCGGGCUCGCGAGAUCUCAGCAUUUAUCACCCCGUUUGGACUAUUCGAAUGGAGUCGCAUGCCUUUUGGCCUAAAGAAUGACCCGCAGAUUUAUCAACGCCUCGUAGACAACGCGCUGUAUGGAUUUCUGAAAAUCCCGCGAUCAGGUGACGCAGGGAAUACAACGGACGUUUUUCAGACAGGGAUCGCGGACGAUCCUGAUCGCGAGUCAGUGUUGGGACGAAGAUCAUACAUUGACGAGAUCAUGAUCGCAGCGGAAUCGUGGGAUCAAAUGUGCCAAAAGGUGGAAGAUCUGUUGGAGGCUUGUGCUAAGUGGAAUUUAUCGAUCAGUGAGAAAAAGAGCUUCUGGAGCAUGGAUAAGGUAGGAUACCUGGGGCACCGAGUGUCGAUCGAAGGUCUAGAGGUGAACCUGAAAGAUCUGAAAUCUCUGACCGAUCUGCCACUCCCCGGAUCGCUUCGAUCGAUGCAAUAG